AGAGAGUAUAUAUAUAUAUAUCUUAUAAUUUGAUUUCUUCUUUAUAGAUUUUGCUUAGUUAUUAAUUAUAUAUAUUAUACUUUGAUUCAUGGAAAGAUUUCUGUUGGUGUAGCCAUGAAUGGUACGAGCAAUUGUAAUCUGAUUGAUGCGAAAUUGGAAGAACAUCAUGAACUGCACAGCAGCCGAAAACAAUGCCCAGGUUGUGGAUACAAGAUCCAAGAAAACCCGAACUGGGUAGGGUUACCAUCAGGGGUGAAAUUUGAUCCAACGGAUCCAGAAUUGAUGCAGCAUCUUGAAGCUAAAGUAGAAGGAAAAGAUUCAAAAUCUCAUCCAUUGAUUGAUGAAUUCAUUCCUACUAUUGAAGGUGAAGAUGGAAUUUGUUAUACUCAUCCAGAAAAACUCCCAGGAGUGACAAGAGAUGGUUUGAAUAAGCAUUUCUUCCAUAGACCAUCCAAAGCUUACACCACUGGUACAAGAAAGAGAAGGAAGAUUCAAGCACCUUGCGAUUCCCAAGGUGGAGAAACACGGUGGCAUAAGACCGGAAAAACUCGGCCGGUGAUGUUGAACGGAAAACAAAAAGGGUGUAAGAAAAUCUUGGUUCUUUACACUAAUUUCGGGAAGAGUAGAAAACCGGAGAAAACCAAUUGGGUUAUGCACCAGUAUCAUCUAGGGCAACAUGAAGAGGAAAGAGAAGGAGAGCUUGUUGUUUCAAAAAUCUUUUACCAAACACAACCUAGACAGUGUCAUUACACCACCGCCGCCGCCGCCGCCGCCGCCAAGAGAGAAAACGGUGGCGCCAGAAUCAUCUGUAAUUCAUCUAAUAACAACAAGGAAUUAACUAUGCUAAACCAGAGAGAUGAUGAUGAUGAUCAGUUGGCAAUAAUGGCAAUUGGUGCUGCAAUGGCAGCUAGUUACGGUUCUAUGGAUACUCAACAUUUUGGAUUCAAUAUUCCAUUUGGAAAGAACUAUCAUGAUCAUCAUCAGUUAGGGCAUAAUAUAGACACAUCGAGUGCUAUAAGUCAUGAGACAACAUUAGUAUUGCCAUCGGUCAUGUGCGAAGAACAUGAGAUCACUAGGUCGGAUAAUGCAAUACUUGACAUGAAAUAUAAACAACAACAACAACAAUCUCAACAAAAUUUCCAUAUGAUAAUGGCAAGACCUUCUUCCAAUAUUAUGCUAUCGCCUAAUAAUUCCCUCGAUCAGAACCACUGCAAUAUUGAUAUUCUUGAUCACGAUCCAUGCGACUCUUUCAGUGUUGACGACUCGGGAAUGAUCCUACAAAUACAAAAUGAGAGCUUUCAGCAACAACAUGAUGCAAUGAUAGGAAGGUCUACUAAUUCUGGGCUGGAGGAACUCAUUAUGAGCUGCAAUAGUACUCCAACUGCUGAUAUCAAAGAAGAAUCAUCCUUAACCAACAAUCCACAAGAGAUAGAAUGGGUGAAGUUCUCUUCCUUCUGGCCUAACCCAGACAACUAACAAGGAUCAUCAUCAAUCAUCAUCAUCAUGGGUAAAAAAAAACAAAUUAAAUUUACAAAAAGAAAGAAAAUAAAAUAAAUAGGAAGUUAUGUUAGGACAGCAUCAUUACUAUAUAUUAUUAUUAAUUACCAUGCCAUGAGCUAGGGCAUGCAUACAUGCAUCAUUAAGGCCUUUCACCGUUCUUUUUUUACUUUCUCUUUUUAUCUUGGAAGAAAGGUUAUAUCUGCAAAAACACACAAAAGAGAGAAGAAGAUGAUGAAGAUGAAAGAAAGGUUAUAUCUGCAAUAUCAUGCCAUGUUUUUAUAUAUGUAUUUCAUUUUUCAUAUUUCACACUUAUUUCCUUCAAUCAAUUGUGGUACGUAAUGAAAGACACAACUUAACGAGUUGUACCAGCUUUUAACUUUUAAAUAAAAUAGUCAUUUGCUUUUAU